AUGGCUUUUUUCUCAAUACCCGUGUUCCAAAGUGGAAAGAAAUCACACAGGAAAACUCGACCCUCAGAAGUUAAAUUUGAUAUGGAGACCGAUUUGGCCCGUGAGGUAGACAGUUUGGGAAAAAUCGAGAAAAACAUGACCCGAGAGGUUAGAUUUACUCGUGGUAGAUGGUUCACUGCUGAUGAGUACGGCAAAUUCCACCUAUACAGUGGAUAUCGUAACGGAAAGAGCGGUGAGCUGAGGAACCACAAGUUAUCCAUAUUUGGCCUUGUCCUAACUUAUAAUUCAAAAUAUGGAAUCUUGGAUCUUUUCGAAGAAGACUUCAAUGAAUCUAAACAGACUUAUCCAACCUUAAGAGAGGAAAUGAUUGGAUUUCCACUAGCACACUGUAGUGUAUUGCGUUACCUAAGCGUUACUAUAGUCACGCUAUAUCCUGUAAGACACGAUCGGUACAUGAUUGUAAAAAGUACUUCCUAUGUAAAAGUAGUAUUACUGAUUCCUAGUACUGUAUUGUGAAUAUAGCUUGUUGAUUCUUUAAUAAAAUUUAGUUGAGCAAUAGCAAUGAAAGGAGUAACUUGACUGAGUCUAGACGACACAACACACACCUCACUGUGACGCACUCGAAUUCUUUCCACGAUUCAGAUUAACGAGGGUCUACGCCCUCACCUGCAGUGACACCGUGUAAUGUAAAAUGGUCCAACGCCUUGCGGCUUGACCCAACAACGACCGGUGGCCGCUGCCUUCAUUUCACUGCCUCUUCUUCUGGCGAUUUCUUUGUUGUUUUUGCAACGAUACCGAGUCGGCGCAGCUCUUGGUAUUAUGUGCAGAUUGGAGUUAGCGAAGUUGCAAUUUACACUUGAAGGUCUUUAAAUGUUAACUGAAAGUGUGUGACACAUUUUGAUUUGUGUACGGUGAUAAUCAUUUGUCAGCAACACUCUUAGACUUUGACUAUAUUUUUUACUUUUUAGGGAGAGAGGGAAGUUACAUCAACGUCAGACACUGGAUCUGUGUCUAUCGGAGAUGCAUUGCUGUACCAGUCAUACUUUGUUUGCCUUUAUGAAAAGCCUAACAGCACUCUGAUUGAAUAUGGAAAGUCUCUGGGUACCUCAGACGGUGGAGACAUAUACCUGACGCAUCUUGACGCGAACGAUCCUUUGCCCGUCCGGUAA